AUGUUUAGAAAUAUUAAAAUAGUAAGUAAUAUCAAUGAAACACAGAAGAUUACAAGAGAGCAAAUAUUAGAAAAAGUAAAUAAUGAAACUAUGAUAUAGACAUAAAAGGAUGUGAUUUAGGUUGACAAUAAAUAGAAAUAAUAGGUAUUAACUAUGUCUCAAUCUGUGUAAUUAAAUUUGAUUGAUAAUCCAUUUUAAUAGAAUGGAUAGGGUUAAGCAAUUUUGUUCAAUAGAGAUGGAUCAACUAUGAUUGUGAGUUUAAAAUAUGGAAUUGUGAAAAAGGAAGAUUUAAAUUAUCUAAUUCUUAUAAUAAACGUAGCAAUCCUAAUUAUUGUUUAGUGUAUAGCAAAAAGAUAAAUAACUUUAUUUCUGGUUGUGGCUCUGGAGAAAUUAUAUGUUGGAAAUAAAUUAACUAAAGUGAGUGGAAAUGGUCAUAACCAUCAAAUAGCAUAAUUAAUGUGUUAUGUGUUUAUUGUUAAAUAAAUAAGAGGAUCAACUUAUUUCUGGAGGGAAUGA